ACCAUACUUCCCUCCAAUCUUUCGCUCUGGUUUCUCACAAAACUAAAAGCAAAGCUUCCACACGACCAUAGACACUAAUACUUGCAAAGCCUCAACAACACACCAGAAAAUGAUGAAGCUCGUCCUCUUCUUUCUUUUCUGGGCACUUGGUUGUGCCACUGCUGAAGUGUACGAUAUUGCUGUCAACUACAAACUCGCUGAAAGGAAUGGCGUAUGCAGCGAAACCGAAGAAACCGAAAUCAGUGAGAUUUCUGCGGCUGCUUUGCGAGCUGUUGGCUUGCACUCCGCUGGAAACAGUGGGAAUUGGUUGUCCGCUCCAAGCAACAACGGGAACGGUGGGAAUAGCGCUGAACACCGUAACGAUGGUAAACGAGCUCUGGGUCUUUGCGACGAGCAGAUCCUGUGCAAUAACGGAUUGCUCUGGUAUUGCAGCCACUGCCCAUGCUGUGAUCGUCGCCGCCAGCUUUUGCGGGUUUCAACAGAACGUCGAGCAGGUGAGGUGGAAGGAUUGGCCUCUGAUGCGGCUGUCGCCGAAAUGGAUACCAAAGACCGCAUUGCUUGCCUGAAAUACCCGCCCGAAGUGCAAGUCAACAUGGCAAGAAAACAAGAUUAAGGAGUCGAGGGAAGGAGAUUGACUUGGGAAGCCGAGAUGAAGACAGCGCUUACCGCCUCUGUUCAUUUGAUGCAUAAAAACAGGAUGACUAGAUAGCUAGACAGUACCAGGUACGUGUAAAAGAUUACAUAAAUAUAUCUUAUACAGCCU